UCCUGGAAUCCUGGGACUAAAUUUCCCAUUCCCCCGCUCUAGAAAGCCGGUUUACAUGAUAUCCAACUACUUUUCUUGGGACGUACAUCAUCCUGUUCCAAUCCCGGAUCACAGCGUUCAAACGUCUUUCCGCCCAAAUCCUUCAGAUAAAAAAUUCGGGCAUUUUAGUAACUGGGAAAAGGAAACCUAGUUUCCCUCUAAACCCCCCACCUUCGAACGACUCCGAAACCCUAACCCCGGCUCCGGUACGUCGCGCAUUCAUUCGAGCCCCGGUCUCAUUCUUGCCGGAAUUCAUGGAUUCCAGAGAGGAGGGGAAGGAGCUCCGGAGCGCCGGCGAGCUCGACGACGAGACGAUCGCGAAGAAGCGCUCUCGCCGGGUGAGCUUCGCCGAGAUCACCGCCGUCCACGUCUUCGACCGCGACGAGGAUUUCGAGACCCCGCCGGACUCCAAGCCGGCCUCCACCGACAGCCCCGUGCCUUCCCGAGAAGUGGUAGGGUUCCAAGGAGAGCAGUCAGAUAGCGAUGAUUCCAAGGCUUUCGCCCGCGAGGAAGAGGAGGACGACGAGGACGAGGACGGAGAACAGGAGCGGUUCGUGAGGGACAUGGAUUCCUCGUCACCUGGAAGCGCCGUUGGAUCCCUGACUUCAAAUGAUGAUGAUAACUUUUUUGGGCCCGUAUCAACGAGUUUUAUUAGAUCGGGAAGACUCUCUGGAGCUGGAAUAUCAGACGAUGAAAAUCAUGAUGUUACUCUGGAUUCCACAACAUUUUCAUUGCAUUUCCGUAAUCUUGCUCCCCCAGACGACCGCACUGCGAACUCGACAGGAAGCAUCAGGACGCCAACAGGAGAUACAGUACCUGCUGACACUGGGAACCACAUGGUCCCUGCAAGAUCCAAGAAGCUGUUUGCUCGCAGCAAGCUUUCUGAUGGGAAGCUGAGUAGCAGUGAAGGUGGCUCAAGUAGUAUGACUUUGAUAGGAGAUGACACAAGUAGAUAUGACUAUGCAAAAUUAUCACCCACAUCAGAAGCGCUACUGAAUGAAGUAAACAAGUGCAUGCAGUCCAAUUCUCCAAAUGGCGACAGUAGAAUCAUGACUUCUGAUGAACAUAUAGGUGUAGUUGUGGUUGCAAAAGAUGAAGGACAUGUUAGUAAUGCAGCUGCACCGGAUGUUGUGGCUGAUGAUCAAUGUGUUGGUCCACAUCUUUCAAAAGAUGUUUCGAUGGGUGCUGUCACCGAACAGGUCGAUAAUGAACACCUCUCUCCUAUUAGAAGAGCAGAUCUACCUGUGGAUAACUCAAACAAUGAAAAAACAAAGGAAAGAGUUUCUCCCAUUGGUAAGGGCUUCUGCAAAGCUGUUCAUGAGGCAAUUCAGUCUGAUACUGUGGAAGCCACUGCUCAAAAUUCUGACAUGCUCUCACCUCCAUAUAGAGGGUCCCGGAGCAAUUUCAUUUUACAAUCUGCUCAUGUACACCAAGCACUUUUUAAAGAUCAACUAAGUGGAAACCAAAACUUCUUCAAUUCUUCCCCUUUGUCUGCCAGAGAAGUUCCGGUUCCUGCAUUGAUGAUCGCAGAUGGUCAACAACAACAACAACUUGAAUCUGAUUGUGGAAUGCAGACCCCCAAAAAUGCUGUUCAACCCUUUGAGUCUCCUUCACAAGGGUCUGUAUCCUCUUUACGUGCCAAGCGGCAACGGCUUUUUCUUGAUCCUACUGUUCUUUCCAUAGGAAAAUCAAUAGAUGGUUCUGCUAGAGAACAGCCUCCUUCCACUUUGGAGCUGGAACUUGUAAAACAUGGUGAGAGAAUUUCAGCUAUUAAAAAUCGCAUGUCGAAAUUCACAAUUCCUGAGACACCAAGACUUAGCAAUUCCAGAGUAGCAACACCAAGAAAGGAUCAUUUGCCACUUGACCAGGAAGGUACAUUGGACAGGAUGAGUAAUAACCCCAGUGCAAAACUUGUGGGUGUCCCUGUUAUGAACAUGGAAGAGAUUUUUAUGAGUUCUGUUCAAAAGAACAGAGUACAUGGAGUGAGUGUUGAACUAAAUCAUUCAGGGAAUGACAUUAGGGAAUCGACACACAGUGAGAAAAAUGAAGCAUCCAGUGAAACUCUGAAACUAAAUGAAGCCGUAUCUUCAUCUAACCUAGAAACAAAAAUCAACCAGAGUCCAUUGAUCUCUCAAAGCCUCACUGAAGUGGUCUCUAUCCCUGGUGAACAUGGUUCAUCUCCAAGGCAGACUAUGGUUAAGCUCAAGGAAAAUAGUCUGGUUUCUGAUAAUGCUUACAAAGUUGACCAUCAGGAUUUCCAUGCUGUUCAAGAAUCAACUUCUGUUCAAGAUUUUGAUCUGUUUGGAAAGAAAAGAAGAAGCGAACAAAAUCUUAUCAUGGAUGAAGACCGUGCCAGUAAAACAAGCAGAACACAAGAGAGUCCACACAUUUCACCUAAAGUUGCAGUUAGUGGAUCUGGAUUUUCUUUGGGAAGUCAGUGGGAAUGCAACAAUGAAGCGCAUGAUUUUGGAGGCCAAUCACCAGCGAUGCAUUGGACUAGUAUGUUCUCCAAAGUAUCUGAGGCAACAAAACUAGUAUUUUCACCAUCCGUGCAUAAACUUAGUUUGCAAGAGCUUGAUACUUUGGAAGAUAUGUUGGCUGAGGUGCAAAUGGCUAGAAAAUAUGAGAGGCUUUCAGCUUCCCUGAGAAACCAUGAUCGCUUGGGUGACUUGCACCAUCAGAGAGUAGCUGAAGUGAGAUCAUUGCAAGACAAGCUUUUAUAUGAGCAGGCAAAACUGCAGCUUAGACGUGUGAAGCUAGAUCAAUUGCAUAAUAAAGCCCAGCUAACUCAGUCAGGAAUUCGAGAAUGCUGUAAUCUAAAAUUAAUGUUUUCACAGCUUUCUCUUCCAAGUACGAGAGCUUCUAAAACUAAGGAAGACCAUCUUCACUCAGUUUCAUCCAUUUCUAGUAGUAAAAAUCAGGAGCAACAUAGCAGAGUGAUAUCAAUGAGACAGGAAGUCAAAAUGCUGGAGCAAAAAGUAGAGCACUUGGUGAAAUCUCUUGUUGCUUGUUGCAAGAUAAAAGGGAACUUGAACUGUGAUGAGAUUAUUAAAGCUGCCAAAGAACAUUUAGAAAAGAGAAAAAGCUGUAGGAUCAUUAACCAAGAUUUGCAGCUAUGGGGGUUGAGCGACAUAGUGCAAAGUAAUUAUCAACAUGACAUUGUUCUCAACUAUUGCAAUUUACUCUUCCAGAGGUUUACAGUAAAUGGCUGCCCAACUUCAAGUAUAGUUGCCAAAAUCUCAUUAAAUGAUUCAAACAUUGAAAAGACUUUCCCAAACAUGAAUGCUUGUGCAGCCUUUGAGUUUGUUUUCAAAGCCAAGGGUGAUCACAGACUUUCUGGUUCAAAAUGUCUUCAGCAAAAGACACUGGAAACUAGCUUGCUUCUUGGUGCCUUAGUUGAUGUGCUUGAAGAAGUUCAAGUUGCAAGAAUGGAAUUGCUAAAUUUGACCCACUCGACCUUCCAUUCUCAACCCUCGGGCCAACUUGAGUUGCAGCUCUGUUUCAUGAAUUUCAGGAGGGGGUGGAAGGUUCCACUGAUUCUUGACAUGACCAAUCUAAAUUGUGCUGUCUAUCCCUCUGUGCCAUCUGAGCUGCAGUUCAAGAUAUCUGGGACACAGGAAACACUGCCAAUGUCAGUGUCAAAUGAAAUAAUGGCUGCCAUUCAGAACCUUCAAGGUGGACAUUCAAUGAUAGCAAGGUUCUGCCGGUUGAUAUCCCAGGCGGUUCGAGCUUUUUCAGGUUGAUAGGAAUUCUAAGAAUGGCUGAAUUAUCCCCUAUUAUUUCAAUAUUUUUGGAGCUGAUCGAGGAAUUUGCUGGAGAAUUCAUUGGUUUGUGAUUGCUGGUGAUGAUGUCCAUGAUUCAGAUCCAUACUGUAGGAAGUCUGCCUCAUUGAGCAUACCUCUAUUAUGCUAACUGCCUAUGUUUUCUUCAAAAUUGUUUGGAUACUCGUUCAUGGAGUAAAUGGCUCUCUCAGUUCUGCACUCUUGACUUUUAGGAGGUUAAAUGUGCAUGUGUGAAUUAAACUCACCAAUGUUCUCUCGUAAGCAUUUCCCUCUAAUAUGUAAGUUUCUGCA